AGAAAACAUCGACACUGGUGGGGAUCAACGGAUUUGCUUGGAGGAGGAUUGUUGUGGUUUUGGCAAAGCAGCAACGUCGAAAACAGUAACAGCAGACAAAAAGUUCUCACUGUUGCCAAGUGUACAGUUAUAGCUAUGAGUCUGUCCUUAAGAACCGAACUAGCUACCGAUAAAACGAAGAGGAAGAAGAGGAGAGAGUUGACCGAGGAGCAGAAACAUGAAAUCAAAGAAGCGUUCGAACUGUUCGACACUGAUAAAGAUAAAGAAAUAGACUACCACGAGCUUAAGGUGGCAAUGCGUGCUCUAGGCUUUGAAGUAAAAAAAGUCGACGUUCUGAAGAUACUGAAGGAUUACGACAGAGAGGGAAACGGCAAAAUAACGUUUGACGACUUCAAUGAAGUUGUGACAGAUCGAAUGCUGGAAAGGGAUCCCAAGGAGGAGAUCAUGAAGGCCUUCAAGUUGUUCGACGACGACGACUCAGGCAGGAUCAAUUUAAGGAACCUGAGACGAGUGGCGCGGGAGCUGGGCGAGAACAUCAGCGACGAGGAGCUGCGCAGCAUGAUUGACGAAUUUGACACCGAUGGCGACGGGGAAAUAAACCAGGAAGAGUUCCUCUCCAUAAUGACAGGAGACUCGUGAUUGGACGCCCGCUGUGCGAGUGGGUCCUAUCCUGCGAUCUGUGGUUGAAACCUGGGUGUUCAGGACCAUGUAAGAGUCAUUUCAUCAUCAGUGCCUGGGGAACAUCUCGUCACCUUUUGGAGGAUGGAGAAGGAAAGAGAAAGUGCUAAAUACAUCCGUUUGUAAAAGUAAAGCAACCCUCUGAUGAAAGGCUUCAAACGACUUGUUUCGCUGUCAAGUUCAAGUUCAAGUUCAAGUCUUUUAUUUGUCAGGUGCACAGAGCAACACAAGGUUAGACUGGGCACUGAAAUUCUUAAGACAAGACAACGCAAGCACUUGGCAUAACAUAACAUAUAAGUACACAGAACAAAUUUACAUCUAUGCUGAGCUUAGAUAAGUGAACUUCCUAAAUAUACAGAUAGCAAUAAAUAAACGACUAUACUAACCCUAACACUAAAACUUCCUAAAUUACAGAUAACAAUAAAUAGUACGCUAUACUAACCCUAAUACACAAAAUUUGCAAAUUUACAGAUCAGUGACUUUGUCAAUGACCAAACAGGAGCCUGGUGGCGAGGUACAGUAGUGCAAUGUUACUGAAGAGCAACCAGUAGCUGAAAGUGACAGUGUAUAAGUGACUAGUGUGCAGUAAAAAUGUCCAUAUCAGUGUCCAUUGAGAAGCCUGAUGACCCUUGGGUAGAAACUGUUGUCCAGUCUGCGUGUGCGCGACCGGAUGCUGCGGUAACGCCUGCCAGAAGGCAACGGGGUAAAGAGACUGAAGGAUGGGUGGGAACAGUCUCUUAGAAUCCUGCUGGCUUUCCUAAGGCAACGUGUGUGGUAGGUGUCCUGUAGGGCUGUCACAAAUGGGUCUGCAUAGCACUGCUUUUUUGAGGACUCGGAUGAAGACGGAUGAAGAUCUGUAAAUCAGCCCCUCUGUACUGUUCAUUCCAUCGGUAUUCUUAGUGAGGGUAAAACGUUUUGUUGUAGACGGAGUUGAGAGCGUUCUGGAUGAUAGCUUGUUCUCAAUGGCAUUUCUAUUUUGUAUUCUCCAAAGUGUUUGGCUGUGCUAUUUAUUUGACAAGAAAAAUAUAAUUAAAAUUGAUAACGACUG